AACUUGAAGAAAUGAUUGAAGAGAAAAAGCCAACCAUUAUAGAAGUAUCAGAAGAAUCUAAAAAUGUGGGUGUUGAAAUAGAUGACUUAAAUCCCGAGGAAACGGAAGUAGAUGACUAUAAUUUAUCAACUGAAAUAUUUGAUAUAUGUCAUAAAGAACAUCCCAUCUCUCAUUUACCGUAUUAUUCAAGUAAUCCAAGCUUUUAG